UGCACAUUUGGGACGCGUAGCAGCCUGCUAAUUGGUCGGAAACCUUGUCAGUCACCGGUUACUGCUGCGGUCCUCCUUCAGUCUACCGUGCUCUGCAAGCUGCGCUCUCUGGCGGCUCCACAGCACCGACGCUAGCAGAGAGAAGCCGCGCAUGAUCCCGAAACACAAUGCUGUUUGGGUCUUAGAGCGCCUCUGUUCAUCCGCAAAGGAGAAAAAGAACAGGGAAAAAUCUACCUACACGUACUGCGAGCGAGAGAGGCACACCGACCGCAGGAAACGUCAAAUCUGGGAAAUAAAUUAAAUAAUUGUUGGACGAGCAGAGAACAAGAAAGGAUUGCGCUAUUUUUGCGUUAUUAACAGCACUUAGGUUGUACAGCAAUCUUUAUUUUCUUCAACCUUAAAAAUGUCAUCGUCUGGUAAAGACAACAGCGGUGCUCAUGCUAAUUACGUGGGACCAUAUCGUUUGGAGAAGACGCUCGGGAAAGGACAGACAGGUCUGGUGAAGCUGGGCAUCCACUGUGUCACAUGUCAGAAAGUUGCAAUAAAGAUUGUCAACCGGGAGAAACUCAGUGAAUCUGUUUUAAUGAAGGUGGAGCGGGAGAUUGCCAUUCUGAAGCUCAUCGAACACCCUCACGUUUUAAAGUUGCACGAUGUCUACGAAAAUAAGAAGUACUUGUACCUGGUUCUAGAACACGUGUCCGGAGGAGAGCUUUUCGACUACCUGGUGAAGAAGGGGAGGCUGACGCCCAAGGAGGCGCGGAAGUUCUUUCGGCAGAUCAUAUCGGCGCUGGAUUUCUGCCACAGUCACUCCAUAUGCCACAGGGACCUGAAGCCAGAGAACCUGCUGUUAGACGAGAAGAACAACAUCAGGAUAGCGGACUUUGGCAUGGCGUCCCUGCAGGUUGGGGACAGCCUGCUGGAGACCAGCUGCGGAUCUCCUCACUACGCCUGUCCAGAGGUCAUUCGGGGGGAGAAGUAUGACGGCCGUAAAGCUGACGUGUGGAGCUGUGGGGUCAUUCUCUUCGCACUCUUAGUGGGCGCCCUGCCGUUCGACGACGACAACCUGAGGAACCUUCUGGAAAAAGUGAAGCUGGGCGUGUUCCACAUGCCGCACUUCAUCCCGCCCGACUGUCAGAGCCUGCUGCGGGGGAUGAUUGAGGUGGACGCCGGCAAGAGGCUCACGUUAGAGCAGAUCCAAAAGCAUGUGUGGUACAUAGGGGGCAAGAAUGAGCCGGAGCCAGAGCAGCCCAUCCCGCGGAAGGUGGCCAUCCGCACCCUGCCCUCAGCGGAAGACAUCGACCCUGACGUGCUGGAGAGCAUGCACUCACUCGGCUGCUUCCGUGACAAAAACAAACUGAUGAAGGACCUGCUGUCGGAUGAUGACAACCAGGAAAAGAUGAUUUACUUCCUGCUCCUGGAUCGAAAGGAGAGGUACCCGAGCCACGAGGACCAGAACCUCCCACCUCGUAAUGACAUAGACCCCCCCAGGAAGCGUGUGGACUCUCCCAUGCUCAACAGGCAUGGCAAGAGGAGGCCGGAGCGCAAGUCCAUGGAGGUUCUGAGCGUGACGGACGGGGGCUCCCCGGUGCCCGUACGCCGGGCCAUCGAUAUGGCGCAGCACGGACAGAGCUGUAAUAAGACUGUGUUCAGUAAAAGCUUGGAAAUCUCUGACGCCAAUUCCAAAUACAGCAAAGAAGAAAGGUCACGGUCCAUCAGCGGAGCCUCCUCUGGCCUCUCUACCAGCCCGCUGAGCAGCCCUCGGCCUGUCAGACGCUUUUUUGUACCCCCUCAGUCCCCCGAGCUCUCCAGCCCCACCCUCUCCCCAGAGCCCUGGCCCAAUCGGACGGGCUCGCUCACGCCAACCUCCUUCCGGCCAAAAAUGGGGUCCCUGUUGCCCAAUCCCAAGACCCAGACCCUUCCAGCCAAACCCAAAGGGUCUGGCAAACCCCUGCAGUCGACCCGAUCCAACCCGCUGCCUAACUCCGAGGGAAACCCCUUCACCCCUCCUAAAUCCUUGCCCUCCUCCCCCUGCCAGCAGCACCCUCCCUGUACCCUCAGGAGCCCCCAGCUGCGCCGGCCGCCCCUGGCGAUGCCCCACCAGCUGUCCGCUCCCUUCUCCCCGGUGGUUCCGCCGUCCCCCAUCCGGCUGCACCACUUCCACCCGGUGCCCCGCAGUGACCGCAACCCCAAAUCUAUCCCCAUCAUCCAGGUGACCCCCCAUCCCUCCCCCAGGGGGAGCCCCCUCCCCACUCCCAAGGGAACUCCUGCGCACACGCCCAAAGAGAGCCCGGCGGGCACGCCCAACCCCACGCCGCCCCCCAGCCCCUCCAUCGGGGGCGUGCCCUGGAGGACGCGCCUGCACUCCAUCAAGAACAGCUUCCUGGGAUCCCCACGCUUCCACCGCAGGAAACUGCAAGUUCCUACACAAGAGGAAAUGUCCAGUCUCACACCAGAGUCUUCCCCCGAACUUGCCAAAAAAUCCUGGUUUGGUAAUUUCAUCAGCCUGGAGAAAGAGGAGCAGAUCUUUGUGGUCAUCAAGGACAAGCCUUUGAGUUCCAUCAAAGCGGACAUCGUGCACGCCUUCCUCUCCAUCCCCAGCCUCAGUCACAGUGUGAUCUCACAGACGAGUUUCCGGGCAGAGUACAAGUCCACCGCCGGGCCCACGGUGUUCCAGAAGCCCGUCAAGUUCCAGGUGGACAUCACCUACACCGAGACCACAGCUGCCCAGAAGGAGAACGGCAUCUACUCGGUCACCUUCACGCUGCUUUCAGGUCCGAGCCGACGCUUCAAGCGGGUGGUGGAGACGAUUCAGGCGCAGUUGUUAAGCACACACGACCAGCCCAGCGUACAACAGCUGUCUGGCAGCCCGUUGAGUAACUUCUUUGACGUAAUUAAACAACUUUUUGCAGACGAGAAGAACGGCCAGGUGCCCCACCCGCCCGGCACACCCGCCACGCCCAACAAACACCCCGCAAACAGCAGGAGGCAUGAACCAGAGGCCAAUGACUUGGGCCCUAAAGGGGACUCUAAUUGCCAAUUGGGCCGAGACAAAGCAAAGAUGGUGGCAUCUGUUGGCGACACAGGAGGAAGCUUAAAAACAGAGUUAUAACUAGAUUAAAACGACCCCUUCCUAAAAUAACCCCUUCCUCGUAGCACAUGUGCAGAAAAGCUUGUGGCGUCCACUGCUUCAUUGUAAAUAUUAAAACUACUUUUUGGAAAUUGUGUAUAGACAUACUUUUGUAUGAUGGAAUGACUGUAUAUAAAAUAUAAAUGAACUUAAUAUUUUACGAGCUGCACAUGCUGGCACACACCAGUCCUGUCCCUUCUCCUUCCCCUCCUCCUCCUCCUGUUCCCUGCUUCCCAGUCCAAAAAAAGAAAAACCCAAACAUUUCUACCCAGGUGUUUUUGUAUUUUUGUCUCUCGCGCUGCUCAUCUGUGUGGUGACCUGCAUUGUCUCCAGCAGGAAUAAUCCAGAGCACCUGUUAAGCUCCGCCUCCUGCCCUGCCCCGCCCCCGGAGUGUGGGAUGGAUAUUUGUUGACAGAGGAACUUUUUGAGGCGAGAAAGCGAUUUGCCAUGGAGACAGACCCUUCAUCCUGACUUGAUACCCCAACCUCCCCAACCAGUGCUCCUCCAGAAUGAAGUCCCAGCUGUUUCUACCCUUUCCAAACCCUGCACCCCCCCCCUCCC